GCCAGCGGUGGGCAGAGAGUGUCGCGAGAGCACCAGUGGCCGCAGUCGCUUUUCGCGCACCGUCCGGCCUCCGCGUACAUUUCCGAACGCACGCUCGCAACGUAACACACGCUUCCCGCCACAAAUUCAAACAUCACAAACCCUACUGAAGUUGGUAUCGGUGUUUUCAACAAGUGACAUGGAAUAAUGGUGGAUUCCACGUAAUAAAUUAAUCAGUGCAUAUUUUAGAACAAAUUGACGUUGAAGACAGUUUAUUAUUACUGAAAGUGCAUGAGGAUGCGAGCCGGUGUGUGGUGCGUGGCGGCGCUUGCGCUGCUCGCCGUCACCAGCGCCUUGAGGACCUCUCAGGUGGAAGGUGUUUCGAGGAGUAGAAGGUUGCAAGCACCAUCAGCUUCAGAUAGCAAUAAUGUAGCUGAAACUGGACCUUCGGAAAACGUACAGCCUACAUUUAGGCCAAGAAGUAGUAGGCGACGUGAAGAAACUCCUCAGAAAGAUGUCGUCCGGACUAGGACCAGAUCGAGGCCAGAGGUUGUUCCAACUCCAGAACAAUCUCAAAGUCCAAAAAACGAACGAUUCGAUGUGAGAAGAACUCGAACGCGCAGUCAAACAGUUACUGAAUCUACUAACAAGGAUGCUUCACUAACAAGAGAGCCUGUGACAAGGUCAAGAUCGAGAGGGGGCAGUAGACGACCGACAGCAGCACCUGCACCUGCACCCACUUCAGCACCUGUAGACUUGACUUCUCCAAACAUUGAUGAAAGCAAAAUCGAAGUGAUAAAUUCUAAUCUAGAUGAUAUAACAAAAAUCCCUAAAGAGGACACAGCUACCACGCAAUUUAGACGGAGAACACCUGUAGUUCAAACAACUGAAAAGGUCACGCCUAUAAGAUCACGUGGACGUGGUAGUACUCGUGCUAAUGCAAGAUCGUUAGACCUUGAUGUGUCAGGCACAACCAAUACUUUGAAUGUAGCUGAAAAAGCACCGACAACUGCUAGGACUGCCCAGCAACCAGAUUUGAGAAAUGCUAGAAAACUCCGCUAUAAAACUCGACCUUCGGAGACUGAUACGAAUUUAACAGGUGAAGGGCUCGUUACGGCUAACGAAGUCAUUAAGUCUAGUCAGAACAAAGAGAGUGUUACUAGUCAAGCAGAAAUUCAAACUGCCGCUCCAACCGCUGUCGAAACCAUUGUUCAACACAUUACAGAAGCCAACAAACCCAAAUCUACAACACUGAAGGUUACAAAGGUAGUAAGACGACCUCUAGGGAGAGGGAAGGUGAACUUUAGACCAUCUGUGUCUUUGCCUAAAAUCCCGGUUUCUGAUGAAAUAGCCGAAGAUGAUAACUAUCCAGAAAGUUUCAAGGCUUUAAUUCAGGCUAAGAAUGCAUCGACAGAGGCGAGCUCUUCAACCGAAGAGAGCUUAUCACUGAAAGCGUCACAAAAAGUUUACAAAACCUACCCUGCAUCACCACAGUCAACACUAACUGGACCUGGCACAAACAAAUAUUCACGGUUUCGCAACAAACAAGUAACAGCGGAGGAGUCAAAAAACGAGAACAAAGAAGACACUAAAGGAGUUGAAACAACUGUUGCUCCUGCGGUGUCGAGACCUAGGAAUUCAGAAUACAAGCCAAGAGGAACUUAUUCUGCUAGAGCUAGGAAAUCUACAUCGAGCCCUUCCUCGACGACAGCGAGCACUGUUUCAGGCCAAAGUACUGAGAAACCAGCAUUCAAAUACAGCAGAAAAUUUAAAGCACCUAGUACUGAAUCACCUAAAAUUGAAGUUAAAAGCAAACCAGUUGAAUUAAGUAGCAAUUUGAAAAAGACCUUUGUGCGACCUCCGGUUUAUUCGAGGAAAUUUAAAGGAAAGACCUCUACCGAAGCUUCGUCCACGGAAAGUGUGAAAAUCGAAAACCCAAGCUUUACGAAGAAAACAGUUCUGCCUCGCACUUCGUAUUAUUCAAGACUAAGAAACAAUGUCAAAAAUGAAGUAUCAUCGACCACGGAAGCUGUUGUAGAAGUUACUCCCGAAUCUGAACCUAAAACUACCGUGGAAAGCGUUGACGCUCCACUAGUUAUCGCUUUACUGAAUAAUUCUGAAGACAGAAAAACUGCGAGGAUAGACGAUCAACCAGAAAAUAAUGACAACCUCAUGUUUCUCAUAUCAGUUACCAGUAAAGAGUCCUUAGAAAACAACACAAAUAACGAUGUAAUAAAUACAGCAGAAGAAUCAGAAAACAUGCCAAUCUUGAACGUUUCUCCAUCUGCUUCGUCAAGACUAGACAGUGAUAAAUACAAAUAUCACGCUACUUUCAAAGAUCAGAAUUCAACCAAUGACAUCGAGAAAGAAAAAGGAUCUUCUACUGUAUUCCCUCCUGUGAGAAAUCUACAAACAAGAAAGUAUGGACGUAGUCGAGUCAAAUCUAAAGAUGGUAAAUCAGAUGUUGUUGUUACUUCUCCGAAACCUAGAGAAAGAAGUAUAAGAAAGUUCAGCGAAUCCUUCUCUAAGACGACUGAGGCUUCAACCAACGGGAUAACGCCUGAACCUGAUAAAUCUAAGAGUAGGUUCAGUUCUAAAUACAGAGCUUCGUAUCUUGAUAAACCAUUUUACAAACCCACUGUACCUACCAUUACAUCAUCAACUGUUGAGGGAGAAGAAAUACAAUUAGGGCCAGACCUGAACGCUAUUUCCUUUACUCAAACACGAAGGACACUGUCCUCGGCAGACCUAAGAUUGUCCGAGAGUCUGGUGAAGCCGCCACUCGUGAUGAACGUUGAGGCGUCACACCACUCGCCGUCAGUUACAGUAUCUAUAUUUGAUGCUUUAGCUGAAAUACUCACGUCAACACCCAAACCACGAAUCUCGACAACAACCGAAGUACCGAAAAUACAAAAACUUAAUACUGACGUUAAACAAGUACUCGACGGCGUGAGUAGCAACAAUAAUGUAAAUAGUGUCCAAGACUUAGCGGGUCAGGACACAUUUAUGUCAACCAACGCCGAUGUAAGCACUAGUACUAAAUCUGUACAGCCCACUGUUCAAGGCACACCAAAUGUGAUUAACAGUAUUUUGGUCGGGGGAACUGUUACACAGUCACUAAACACAGAAGACGGAAGUAAAAUUCCUGUGAAUACACCACAACCCACUACUCCCAUUCCCACUCCCACAACUCCCAUUUCCGCAAGGAAACCAUUUGCCAUUAGAGUGUUGUACUCUGAAACAGAACCGCCAAAAGACAAAACCACGACUGCAUCCACACCAACUCAGGGAUCGACUGACCGUCCGAAAAUGGUAUAUAACACUGUGUCUGAUCUUUUGUUGUCCAAUAACAAUUUAGUAUCUUCUGAACUAACUAGCAUGUUGUCAAAUAACAUUAUAAAUAUUAUAGAAAACAUGGAUGAAGAUAGUAGAUCGAAACUAAAGAGUUUAGAUAUGGCUAAAGUAUUAAAAAGUUUGAUUCCCAGAGCUUUAGAUGGACUUGCGACUGUACUUGACAAUGCCGAUUCAAUCCCAAACACAACGCCUUACAGUUUGGAGGAUAUUAGGGAUACCGCGAAAAUUGUUAUUGAUGGUGUAGAAUAUGAUAAUUCCCUCCAAAGUGUAAGCACUGGCGGUAAUGUAAAUAUCACUGUAGAUAAUAGAAAUGUACCCAUUAGUGUCACACAAAAUCCUACUACUGUAAAUAGUCCUGUUACACCGGCAACUGUAGAAAGCACAAGGUCUGUAUCUAGUAGCCAGGGGACGACAGCUGCUUCAACUUCUACGACAACUGCUAAUGCAAUAAGAGCUACGGCUGCUGCAACACCAACCACAGCGGCUGCUACGUCUCCUGUCUCCUCAGAAACGGCCUCAUUAAAUGUAGAUAUUGUAAGUGAUACACCAAGUGACUUUACUAACAAGAAUGUUCCUUUACCUUUUCUCACAAACUUCCAAAGCAAUGACUUCACUGUUGAUGAAUCUGAUAAACUAUUCGGUGCUGCAACUACAGCUAUUCUAAAACCUUUAAGUCUGUCCAUUGUAUCUUCAUCUGUAUCACCACCACAGCGUGAUAUAGAUGAAAUACAGGAUCCUAGUCAAGUAUCGCGGUUACAGUUAUGGGUACUAUCAAAGAAAGCUAGAGUAUUGAAAAUGAUUGAAGACAUUAUAAGACAACACAAUAAUGAGUUAGCAACACUACCGCCUUUGACUGAUUUUGUUAGCCCAUCUGGCAAUAUCAACUUGUCGGAACGUUUGACAAACAUUAUGAAUACCAUGAUAGCCUCGACUGAAACUGUGACGACUCGUGAUACUGAAACUACUUCUCCUAUGACUACCCCAUCCUUUGUAAUUAAUCCUCUUUCCACCAAUGUAUUCGAAGCAACUACGACAGCCAGCCCCCCAACUGUCCUUACGACCACGACGGAGGCAGUAUCAUCAAGUAGUGUGCCAUCUACUAGUGACACUGUCUCUAUAUCUUCACGUUCGGGUCGCACCCAAGCAAUCGAUGGCACAACGGGUUCGUCUUCUGUCACUACUACAGUUACAACUGAUGCUAGUGAAACCAUCAAUGAUGUUACAAGUACCAUGCCGGCACCGACUACUGAUCAAAAGGUCGAAAUAUUAAGUCGACUUCAAGAGGCUCCUGUCACAACCACAACGAUUGCUAGUUCAGAAACAAUGGAAACUACAACCCUAGUAGCUGACACCGAGACAACGACACAAAAUGUAGAAACGACUACAUUCAACAUAGACACCACUACUUCUACCGACGCUUCAGACAACAACACUUCACAAACAACAGUUAGUACUUUGAGUGUUGGAACACCAGCUAUUCCGAAAAAAGACUAUGUCAUAUUCGGAAUAUUACCUAACAAUACAGUGGUACGUAAAAAUCCUAACGAAGACAUAUUGGAACAAUUAACAGAGGCGAGCCCAUAUAUCGUUUACGGUGUACUACCCAAUAACACAGUAAUACGUAAAUUCCCGAACGGGACCAGAGUGCCACGAGUUAUGCAAAAAAUUGACAUUCUGCCAAUCAGCCCGUGGAGUUUAAGAAAUCCAUACAGCCCCAUCCAUAAUAAUCCGGCCAUUGUCAGACCGCAGCCUAACCCCAUCCGAGAAUCCACUAAUACUGCGACAUCCACAGACACAUCAAAUAACGGAACGGAAAGAUUAACCAACGACACUGUAAAUAACCAACAACGGAUGAUUACUCCAUCGGCACUUAAUAUUAAAAGCAGUAACGGUAUAACUACCACCAUUAUGCCAGAAAAAAGCACUGCCUCGCAUGUAUUGAGUUUACGCACAACUACAAUGCUACCUUCUAUUGAUGAGAUUCUGCUUAAUAGUAUAUCUUCGGCCGCUAUACAGGAGAUGGUCAUAUCGGAAAUGACGAGCUCUACUCGCGAACCAAGAAUAUUAACACUGGAUAUUGAUCCGGAGACGAAACAAAUACGUACGGAAAAGCCAGGGGAAGGUGAUGGAAGUGCCGUAUUUAAAUUUAUACCAAUUGAUGAAGUUACGGUCGCACCGCAAAACUCGAACGUAUUGAAACUGGCUUCGACUAAAACACCACCAUCGACAAAUUCCGUACAAACUGAGACACAAACUAUGUCGACAUCGUCUGUUACUGAGAUGAGUACGCAGACACCACAAGUACAAACACAAGAAACAACAAUGAACGAGGCAACAACGACUCAGAGAACAACUAUUAUGCCUGAAAUAACGGUUAUGUCGUCUGCAUUCACUAAUGCUCCCGGAACUGUGCCAACCACCACGAGCCAGCCGACUACUCUACCUCCUACGACUACUACUACGCCUGCACCUAUCACUACGACAACGGAGCCAACAACGACUACGACAACGACAACGACAACAACACCAGCGCCAACAACAACAACAACAACAACUACUACUACUACAACCACGACUACUCCAGCUCCAACAACAACUACUCCAGCUCCAACAACUACUACAGCGGCUCCAACGACAACACAGGCAACAACGGUAGUUCAAUCCACUACUAUUAGCGUAGAAGAAGAGUUAAGGAGAUAUAGAGAAGAUGUCCAAUUGCUACAAACAUUACUGCAAGCUACGGGUCGUGAUCCAAAGAAUCUUAAUUUAAAUGCAUUGUCACUAGGUGAUCUAACCACUACAGUAAGACCUACCACCACUACUACAGCACCUACCACAACUAGGCCAACUACAACUACUAGAGCACCAACGACAACUCAGACCACUGACCCUGUAAAGUUAUUGCAGGCAUUGUUUACUAAUCCAACAACAUUGUCUAUUCCAAAUCUGGGUGGCAACUUAAGGGUAUCAACUGGUCAACAAGCAACAACAACAACACGAUCCAUAGAAGAUGAUAUUAAACAAUUUGAGGAAGACACGAAAUUAUUACAAGCGCUUUUACAGGCUACUGGACAAAACCCUGCUUCUCUAAACAUACCCGCAUUAGAUAGUCUAACAACUGUAAGAAUCCCAAUUACACAAACAACUAAUAUUCCAACUACAACAGCUAUACCAACAACAACAACAACCACAACUACUACUACUACUACAGUUAGACCAACAACGACAACAACUAGGCCGACAACAACCAGUAGGCCAACAACAACACAAAACAUUGAAGACGACAUCAAACAAUUCCAAGAAGACACGAAACUUUUACAGGCUCUGUUACAGGCGACUGGUCAAAACCCAAGUACUUUAAAUAUUCCAGUAAUAUCUGGUAUAACAUCCAAUGUGAGGAUAGCUUCUAAUCCUCAAACAACAUCGUUGGGAUCAAACCCAACAACACCGUUGAAUAUUAGACCCGUGUUUGCAACAACUAAUGGUCCAGUAUUCCAAACAUUCGCACCUAGAACUGUUUCAACUACGUUACAGCCUGUGACUGAUGUUGGGAUUUCCACGACUUUCACGCCUUUCAACCGAGAAAGGUUGACGACAACAAUAAGGAGUGCUCCAACUACAUUGACUGGUCGACGUGCUCCAUUCACUGGAUUCACUUCAACUACAGAAAUGCCCAGUUCUUCUACGUUCUCUGUUGAAGAGGAUUUGGCUUUCUUGAAGAAUUUGAAAACAGUGCUGAAAACAAACCCUAAUAAUGAAGAUCCUGAAGCAGCUCUAGCGAAUCGUAUCAUAGCACUAGCUGUAGAAAGGAGUCUCAAUGAAAUACAAACGGGCACGGGCGAAACAGUCCGCUCAGGGAAAAAUAUAGCUGUCAGUGGAAACAAUUUGAUACCUUCCACAAAUAGACCUGCACCCACAACUACCACACCUUUACCAACAACAACAACAACAACUACUACUACUACGACAACUACAACAACACCACGUCCAACAACAACGACACAAAGGCCAACAACCACACAGAGACCAACAACAACUGUCAAUGGACCGUCUAUCGAAGAUGAUAUCAGACAAUUCCAAGAAGACACUAAGCUACUUCAAGCACUACUUAAAGCCACUGGACAAGAUCCAUCCAAACUCAAUUUGCCUACACUACCAAACUUAAAUGGCGCACAGGAGACUACGACUCAAAGGAGUAAACUCACUAUCACUGGACAAUCUUCCGACGAAGCCCUUAAGAAACUGAUUCAGCAGACUCAACCGACAGGAAUGGUGUCCGAAGCAACGCGAGCGCCUAUCUCUCUUAGCACCGAGUAUGGCAAGAGCAACGACGCGUUGCUGGCAGCUUUGCUGAAGGAGCAAGGUUUCGGUCCAACCACGGCAAGUUCUUUGGAUGAGCAACUUCGACUCGCUGCUUUACUCAACCAAGUGGUAGUGACGCCGAAGGCAAGACGGACAACGACGCCGCCACCUCCACCGCCAGCACCUCGAAGGCCAAUCUUAGACGGAUUGGCCUGGCUCUGGCAGCAGUGGAGGGAGACUGCUCCGGGACCAGGAGCGCCGAGGCCGAACAGAAGGCCUGAGCCUGCGCCCUCAGCCAGGCCCGCCCCAACAGUAUCGUCAGCACCGACGAGCAAUAGGGGCAACUGGUUUGGCUCUGGACCCUUCGUUGGCAACGCUGAUGAUAGACCAGCAAAUAGAAUACCCCUGGAGCCUCCUAGAGCCGUGACGGCCCAGCAAGAACCUGGACGAGGUCAGCUCGUGUCAGCAGCCAUUAAUGUGACCAGAGCAUUCUCACAGUUCUUAGGAGCUGCGAUACAGGGUGCUGCCCAAACCGUCCAGAGUGUGAUCCGGGCCGGUCAGCGAGCCGCAACAGACGUCUACAUGAACGGAUCCGGUGGUUCCGGAUAACCGUACCUCAAAUGAGACUCCAAUGCGGACUCAAAACUUUUGCGAAAGUGUCAUAGUACGCACUAUGUGUUGCAAGUGCUCAAAUGUAUAUAGUCGGUUGUAAUAUUUUUUUAUAGUUAUUUCGUAGCGUUGAUUUGAAAAUGUAAUUAAAUAGUUCGAUAAAGUCCUCUCGUAGUUAGGGAUUCAAAUGUAUCAAGUUACUUUGUCAUAUUAUAUUGUUUAAUUUACAAAACAGGGUCUAGAGAUGUUGUAAAUUUUAACACAUUAACGCCAUGAAGGACAAAAGUAGCGGAAGAUUUGCCUUCAACAUAAUAUUUUUGCUGGCAGUCAAAGUCUUAAAAUUGUUAUAUUAUAAUAUUUUUCAUGAUGUAUGAGUACCUUCAUACGUUUCAAUACAGCUUGAUCCCUUAAAAGUUCCUAAGCAGAGGUAUUGAACGUUUUCAAUCAAUGUCUACGAAUCAAAAUCAUAAGGACUUUUUGUAAAAUACCUAAAUAAAUAUGUAAUGUUAAGUUAAUGACAAAUCAAGCAUAACAUCUGUUAGGUUUGUAACCUAAACGUCUGAAUCUAGACUUAGGCAAACAAUGUGAUGUUAGCACUACUUUAGAUUGUAUUAUUUAAUUUUAUAAUAAUUAUCUCUUCAACUUUCUACCUGCGAUUUCACUACAUGACAAACGAUUUUUAAUGUAAGAAGCCUUAAUGGUUUGUGAUACAAAUGUAUGACUAGGUUUCUAUGACAUUCACUUUUUGUCAUUUACGCUGAGAUAAUAAUAUACAAUGAAUUAAUCUCUUCAAUUUAUUACGCUUAGCAAUUUAUAGGGUUUGAACUUUGGUAGCUUUUAUAUGCUAUAAUUAUAUUUUUUAAUUGGAAAGGUAAUUCUUAAUAAGUACUUAAAUUCAUUUAAUAUGAAAUCAUUGAAUUUAUUCCCAAGUAAUACUCAAGAAUUGAUUAAGUUACGAAUUAUUUAAUUUCUCGUUAUUUGCGUUUACAAAUGAAUUAAAAAUUAAUAUUUUUUCUGAUUUAUAAAACUGUUCCAGUUCACUAAAAACUAUCAAUCACAAAAGUUUAAUCCUUUGUCAUAUUUUAGACAAUGUAAUAUAAUAAGCAUAAUUAAUCUUCUGUCAUAUUGAAUAUGACAGUUGAUUUUAUUUAGACGUGUUUAGUUUGUAAGUGUCUUUGUAAUCUUAAGCCUAACAUGUGCCAUUUGCACGUGCUUGAUGUACUCGCUUCUACAAUCUUCAGCUUUUAUUUAUUUAUUUAAGAAAAAUCUUUGUUCUACAUUCGUGGAAGAAUGUUACACAGAUUUGGGUUUCAUAGUCAGGCGAAUAGUAGUUUGGUUACUACUAAAUACAAUAACUUAUAAGGAACGAAAAUUUGAAUUUCGAUGUCGGUCGUUGAUAUUGAAAAGGGCUCUCUCAAGCAGCAUUUAAUCGAAAUAAAAUGAAAAGUAAUGAAAUAAAAUGUUUAGUCUUUUUAUUCUCUAUUUGUAAAUAUAUUUUGAGCUAUUGUAAUAAACUGCUUCCAGCAAUGAUAUAUUGAUUAUAAAUGUAGUAGAGCUUAUAUCUUAUGUAGUUGCUGUAACUAAACUUACUAACAAACCUGACUUGUAAAACUGAGGAUGUUUUAAUUCGCGAUAACCAAGCCGUUUAGCUUUCACUGCCUUUAGUUGUAAAAUUUAUAUAUAUUAAGUAAGGAUCGGGUACUGUAGAAUUAAUGCUGCUAGAUCAUUUUACAAUUGAUUUAUCUAAUGUAGAUUGAAAAACCAUUUAUAAUUGUGGUUUUGGUAAAACAAUGCUCUGUAUUUUAUAUUUAUAUUGCAGUCUCAUUUUAUUGAAGGUAAAAUGAUAAAGACAGGCAAGAUUUACUGAGCGUUUAUUAAUCAUUAAUUAUAAGUAAUCAAAUCAAUCGUUAUUGAUAGAAAUCAAUUGUAAAAUUGGUAAAGCAUUGAAUUUUUUUGUACCAGUAAAUUUAUCGGUCACUGCCAAGUUUUGGACUUAUUAAUUUUAAAUUUGGAGGAUUUUUUAUACUUUUAUAAUAAAAAAAAUAUGGGUGUAAAUUAAUGGCUGAUUAAAAAGUAGCCAUGAAAUCUCUGGGCACUUACUCUUGAAAUCAAUGUCAAUGCAAUUUCAUUUCUCUUUAAUAUCAAUAAUUGUUCAAUGUCAAAACUAUACAACCACAAUCGUAGCUGUUAAAAUUACAUUCGAGGACGGAAUAUAAAGCCAAACUCAAUAUCAGUUAGUUCAUUCAAUACUAACGCAAUACGGAUGCAAUGGACGCUAUUGUUGCAAUUCAAGAGUACGAUAUAUUACAAUAUCAAUGUCGAUCGAUCGGGAUUAGAUUCAAGAGUAAGCCCCCAGGUGAACUUAUGUAUUGUUUAUGUAGUAAAAUGCUAUUGUAACUAAUAGACUUAUUCCUAAAAUUAUUAGCUUGAUGCUAACUACCUACUAUUUAAUUUUAACAAAUCGAAUUUAUAAUGCCUUUACUAGAAUCUGGGCUUCGUAAUCAAAUGUAUAGUAUCUUUGGGAGGAUAAUAGGAAAAUAAAUUAUUUUGUAAAUUA